GCGGUAAAGAGGCUGCUCCCCGCGGCGCCGCCACAGUGCGGAUGCUGCCCCCCUGACCACCCGCUGCACAGGACCCAGGAGCCCCGCCGAACCGGGAGCACCGCAGGGCAGCCGCCUCUGCCGGGAGUGUCCCAUGGAGCAGGGGGGAGGCGCGGGUGGUGCCGACACCGGGGGGACCGGAGGCACGGCCCCCCCCGAAACCGAGGGCAGCGCAGCACCAGCAGCCCCCCAGGCUGCCCAGCCCCAGGGGGGGACAGCGCCAGCCGCCACCGUGGCACAGGACACAGGCACGGAUGAGCCUGGGCAGGAGAAGGCUGGAGGAGGAACGACAGAGCCGGGGCAGCAGACAGCCCUGGCUGCUCCAGAGCUCCAGGAUGGACGGGAAGCAGCUCCAGGAGAGGAGGCUUCGGCUGUGCAGCGUGAUGGAGGACUGGCAGCAUCUGAUGGAGGGCAGACAGCAUCCCCUGAGGAGAAGGUGACACCUGCCACUGAGGCCCAGGGUGUAGGGAAGGAUGAGAAAGAGAGGCCUGGGAAGAAGAAAGAUCCAGCUGCAGGGGAGGUCAAAGGAGGAAAGGCUUCGGAUACUGCAAAGGCUGAGGAUGGAGGGAAGGAUGAGCCUGUGGAGGGGAAUGGCCUGGCUGUAACUGAGGCACAGGAUGGAGGAAAGGACAAGCCCAAGAAGGAGGAAGCACCUGGUGGGUCACAGGCUGAGAGUGGUGGAAAAGCAGAGUCCACUGAGGAGAAGGCUCUGGCUGCAGCAAACUCUGAAGGAAGGAAGGCAAAACCUGUGGAGGAGACAGCCUUGGCUGCAGGUCAGGCUCAGGAUGGAGGCAAAGGAGAGCCUGCAAAGGAGAAAAUCACAGUGGCUGCAAAACAGGAGGUCCCAGCCACUGCUAAAGCUCUGGAUGAAGGGAAGCAAGAUGCAAAGGCAGAGCAAGCCCCAGCUGAUACCAAGCCUGCAAAGGAGAAAACCACGGCUGCUGCAAAGGAGAAGGCCCCAAAUGCUGCAAAGGCUCAGAAUGGGAAGAAUAAGGUGGUAAAGGCAGAAAAAGCCCCAGCAGUUAAAAAGGCUCCAGAUGGAGGCAAAGAGGAGCCCACAAAGGAGAAGCCUCCAGCUGUAGUGAAGGAGAAAGCCAUAAUUCCUGCAAAGGAGAAAGCCCCAGAUACUGCUAAGGCUCAGGAUGGAGAGAAGGCAGCAGCAAAGGCAGAGAAAACAACAACUGAAAAAAUGGCUCAAGGUGGAGGAAAAAAAGAGCCUGAAAAGGAGAAGUCCCCAGCAGCUGUGAAGGUGCAGGAUGGAGGGAAGAAAACUGCAAAGGUGGAAAACUCCACAGUUGCUUCAAAGGCUGGGGAUGAAGGGAAAGAGUCUAAAAAGGAGAAGAUUCCGGCUACUGCAAAGGCUCAGGAUGGUGGGAAGAAAGCUGCAGAGGUGGAGCCUCCCACACCUGGAACAGAGGCUGGGGACGGGGCUGUGGAGCCCACGGAGGCAGCGGCCAUGGCUGCUGUGAAUGCUCAGGGUGAAGGGGAGGAAGUGUCCAAGGGGACAGAGGGACAGCCACCGACGAUCCCCGAGCCCCCGCGCCCGGCUCUGCUGCAGAGCCUGAGCUGCCCGGCUGCCUGCCACAGGGAGGAGCAGCCCUGGGCAGAGGUGGCAGAGAUGGAGACAAUAGAAGAGGAGACCACGAUGGUGGAGCCAAAAGAGGGUCUGACAGAGCCUGGCUCUGGCCCACCAGCCUUGGGGGACCUGCAGCCCCUGGAGCCCCCCGGCACCCCUCUGGAGAGGACAUUGCCCAGUGCCACAGGGCAGCCCCCGGAUCCUGCUGGGGUGGCAGAGCAGCCUGGACCUGGGGUGCAACCAUCUUUGACAGAGGCAAAGCCACCCCCCAGCCCCUACCUCACCCCCGAUUUUGGGAAGGAAGACCCUUUUGAGAUUUUGGACGAUGUCCCUCCGCCGCCAGCGCCCUUCGCUCACCGCACCGUCACCCUGCGCUCCGCCAGCGUCAGCCCCCAGUUCAGCCUCAGCUCCAAGGACAUCCUGGGGGGGGGCAAGUUUGGUGAAGUUCACACGUGCACAGAGAAGGAGACGGGGCUCAAGCUGGCAGCCAAAGUGAUCCGGAAGCAGGGAGCAAAGGACAAGGAGAUGGUGCUGCUGGAGAUCGAUGUGAUGAACCAGCUGAACCACCACAAUCUCAUCCAGCUCUACGAUGCCAUCGAAACGCCGCGGGAGAUCAUCCUCUUCAUGGAAUUCGUGGAGGGUGGUGAGCUCUUUGAGCGGAUCAUCGACGACGACUACCACCUGACAGAGGUGGACUGCAUGGUGUUUGUCCGGCAGAUCUGCGAGGGCAUCCGCUUCAUGCACCACAUGGGCGUGCUCCACCUCGACCUCAAGCCUGAGAACAUCCUCUGUGUCUCUGCCACCGGGCAUAUGGUGAAGAUCAUCGACUUUGGGCUGGCUCGAAGGUACAAUCCCAAUGAGAAGCUGAAAGUGAACUUUGGCACCCCUGAAUUCCUCUCCCCUGAGGUGGUCAACUACGAGCAGGUCUCCUACACCACAGACAUGUGGAGCAUGGGUGUCAUCACCUACAUGCUGCUCAGCGGCCUCUCCCCCUUCUUGGGUGACGAUGACACCGAGACACUCAACAACGUCCUGGCUGCCAACUGGUACUUCGAUGAGGAGACCUUUGAGAGUGUCUCCAAUGAGGCCAAGGACUUCGUCUCCAACCUCAUCAUCAAGGAUAAGAGUGCCCGGAUGAGUGCUGACAAGUGCCUGCAGCAUCCCUGGCUCAAUAACCUGGCAGAAAAGGCCAAACGCUCCAACCGGCGCCUCAAGUCCCAAGUGCUGCUCAAGAAAUACGUCAUGAGGCGGCGCUGGAAGAAAAAUUUCAUCGGAGUGUGCGCUGCCAACCGCUUCAGGAAGAUCACCAGCUCAGGGUCCCUGACAGCGCUGGGCAUCUGAGCUGGGCUCCCAGGGGAGCUGAGGCCAGAAAGGAACCACUUGAGAGGGACCCCCACCCGUCUGGAGCAGCUGUGUCGAGCUGGUCCCACUGUGCCCAGGACCACAUCACUGCUCAGUCUCAGACCGUGAGGCUGCUCCGGGGUGAAGGUUUCUGAUCUCAGCUCUGGCCCUGCCCUGGCUGCGUGAUGCCCGACCUGCAGCAUCGCUGCUCUGCUCACGCUUCCUUCUCGUGCCCUCGGGGGAGGAGCAAGGCCAUUCCGGGGUGAUCCCGCUGCCUCGGCCACCUGGUGCUUGCUGCUUUUGGACUCAAAUGUGCCCUCUCUGCCUGUAAAUGCCGCAGCCCUGCCUGCCUUCACUGCCGCUGGCCCCUGCACUGCCCGACCUCCCUUCCCAGCUCUGUGGCUCGGCGAUGAUGCUGGAGGGCACCGCGGACCCUCACCCCCGUGCUUUGGCACCGGAGCCGGGGCUCAAGCACCUCCUCCUGGCCAGCUGGGCAUGUGGGAGCGGAGCUGGCCCCGAGCUGCUGCUCGCACAGGAAGGGAGGAAGCAGCAAGCGCGCUUCCAGCGGCCUCCCCAGCUGGGAGCCAACGAGGAAAGAAGGAGGCUUUGUGUUCUUCCUGCCCUCCCUGCCCUUCGGUUCUGCCAGCGGGGGGAAAAACACAACCUCUGCUUCACCCGUCGCGGCAGAUCGCGGUGAGCGAGGCGGGCUAAUGCAGAGCAGCUGGUGCUCGCUCCCCGCUCCGGCCGGCACCGCUCACCCGACCACCAAGGCAGCGGAACUGCUCCCCCGCGCCGUGCGGGGGCUCCGCGGGACCGGCCGGGAUCGGGGACCGGGGCGCUGCCCCAGCUCCCGCGCCUUGUCCCCAUCCCCGUCCUCUCUGCCUGCACGCCUUGGGCCUCCCCGCUGCUGCCAGAGGAUGGGCAUCCCCUGGGGUUUGCAGCAUCCAGCCUUGCAGGAGGGGAUGGGAGUUGGCAAGCAGUCCCCCAGCUUUGGCUUUUGCCAUGGCUAAGCUCCCCCAAGCCAAGGCUGUGUGUUUGCUCUGGAGCUGCCUCUGCCCUCUGUGCCUGCUGGAAAAACAUUGGAGAGAGACAUGGGGAAUCAUUGCUGCUCACCCCACACUGGCUGCAGCAGGGGAGGGGGCUUCAGGCUUGUCCCCAUGGGGCAGCAGCCACAGCUGGUGGAACCCUGCCUCAGAUUGGAGCCCUCCACAGUGCUCACCUUCUUGUAAAUAAAUGUACAGGUCUGCCACAGCCCACACCUGCCACGCUGGGGCUGGGGAGGCCUUAUUCCCACCUGUGGGGCCUGACAGUCGCAGGAUGAGUGAGAUGAGGAUGGGAGGCAGAAUCUCAUCUCUGGUAGAGGGAAUGGGUCCAGGCUGUGCCGUGGACAGGGACCACCUGGUACGUCCUGGGCAGGGCUGUGCAGGCAUAGUGCCAAGAUUUCUGGUCUACACACCCAACAGCUCUGAGCACCCCAGGGGAUGGGGGAAGGGAAAAUGACUGGAUGGAUGGGUGGAUGGAUCAGCUGUCAGUCAGAUGUGUCCUCACAUCUUCAGCAUCUGCCCCUGUCGGGUGGGAUGCCCAGGCAAGGGCGGGAGGGAACUGGUGCUCCUUUGCCCAGGGGAGCUGUGGCUGGCCCUGAAGUGGUUAAGGCUGCCAGAGCCCGGACUCCGGCCGCAGGCGUCCCUCCCAGCCGCUUCCUGCCGGCAGCCUUUGACCGGUUCCUGUCGGUGACCACCCCGCAGGCCUGGACGCCAGCGCAGCCCCAUCUGGUUUGAGUUACGCUCCACGGCGGUGACGUCUCCUUCCUGCCUGGCCCCAGGAGCCGCGCGUCGCCCGCUCCCGGCCCUGGCCCCGGACGGCCACAGGGCCCUGCUGUGGGGUGGCCACGGGGCUUCCAGAUGGACCGUCAGCCCUGGAUAUUCCUGGCACCCUGAGCUGCUGUAGGGGAUCAGCUCCUGAGCACUGCCCUGUGCCUGCCUGUCUGCAGCAGGGGGAUGCACAGACACCAGCACAUCCCAGGGUGUGGGACCCCUACUCCACAGCCCAGUUUGGUUUCUCCAGUCCUCUCCUUCCUACCCUGGGACCCUACAGAGACACACACUGGGGCUGGGUGAAUGGGGCCACAGGGCUGACACCCAUGGAAGUAGCUGUGAUCCCAUCCUGUGCUCCCAGCUGACAGCUCAUGAGUCCCUGAAGCUGCUUGGAGUGGUCAGGUCCCACUGGGGCCGAAUGCUCCUGGUCCAGCCCAGGCCACGACAGCCAGGUCUAUCAAUUAUGUGUGGGGUCCUCACCACCCCACAGGUGCAGGCUGGAUGUGCACACGUGUGUGCUCAGCAUCCAUCCCCGGAGCCUGGAGCAGCACAUUCCCCAUGCACCCUGUCCCUGCGGCACCCA